AUGACAAUCAAGAUGAUAUACGUUGCAAGACACGGAUACCGGUCAAACUGGCUGCCCCAUGGGCCCUACCCGGAGCCGCCGACGGGCGUAAACAGCGACGUACCAUUAGCAGAGCACGGGCUUGAACAGGCGCGCGAGCUGGCGCACUACCUGCUGUCGGUGGACAACCAGCCCGAGCUACUUUUCUCGUCGCCGUUUUUCCGCUGUCUGCAGACUACGGAGCCCAUCGCAGAAGUUAUGGAGCUGCCCAUCCACAUAGAGCGCGGGAUCGGCGAAUGGUACAAGCCAGACCGCGACGUAAUCCCGGAACCGGCGCCGUUUGAGGUACUGGAGAACUUCUUUCCGGGCAAACUCAACGGAGAAUGGGGCGCGACGGUGGUGCCGAGCAACAAGGGCGAGACGGAAACGGACAUCUUCGACCGCUGCCGCGAGUUCUGGCCGCGAUUCAUUGCGAGAGUGGAGCAGCAGUAUCCGGAUGUGGAGAAGCUCAUGUUGGUGACGCACGCAGCGACGAAGAUUGCGCUAGGGAUGAGCCUGCUCGGCUUCAGCAGCUGUCGCGAGCCUAUCGACGAGGACGGAACCAUAAUCCGCAGUGGCGCGUGUUCGCUGGACAAGUACGAGCUACUCCAGGAGGAGGAGGAUUUGCCCUUCCCGCAGAGGCACUGGAAGAUGACUAUGAACGGCAACACUGAGUUUCUGAGCCGCGGCGAGGAAAUGCACUGGGACUUCCGCAGUGGCUUCGAAGCCGGAUCGGACGCGGAAGUCAAGGCACGCAGCACCGCCGCAGCCACCGCAACGGACUCGGAUGACGCAGAGGACACGGAGCACGUGUACGUCUGCCUCGAUGUACCCAACCACAACUACCGCGAGCGCCACGAGAUAAGCCAUACUGCUACGCUGCAAUACGCAGGCCUUGAUAGGGAAAGCCCGCUCGUGAAGGUGGGCGAGAACAUCUAUGAGGGCACGUGGAAGAAACUAAUUGGCACGGAGCUGGCCUUUCCUAGUGCAGCGACUACGAAACGGAAAACGGCCGACGGCGCCGCCGAUUCCCUCCACGAUGAGAACGAGAAAUCGAACCAUGAUGGAUCGACAGAACCCCCAGAAAAGGUGCUCUCCGAGCGGAUAUAUAGAAUCGUAGACCACCUCGAGCUAAAUGAAGUAGACCAUCUUUGA